AUGGCGAGAUCCACGGCGCUUUCGCUCUGUUUCGUCUCUGCGUUUGUCGCUGGCGUGUUUUCGCAGAACUGCAUCGGCAGCACUGGGCCCAAAAUCUACGAGGCGGAAAAUGGUGUCCUCUCUGGAACGAGGGUCGACACGGCUCAGACUGGCUUCACAGGCACCGGCUACGUGACUGGCUUCGAAGAUGCCACCGACAAACUCACCAUCAACGUUGACUGCCAGGGUGAAGGCCAAAAACUUUUCGACCUUAGCAUUAGAUAUGCUGGUAUCUAUGGCGAGAAGCGCACGAACGUAAUCCUCAACGGCGGUGCUGCCAGCGAGGUGCUAUUGACUGCCGGUGAGACCUGGGCCACUGCCAAUGCCGGUCAAGUGUUGCUCAACGAGGGUAGCAACACAAUUGACAUCGUAACCAACUGGGGAUGGUUAGUACCAAGACAUGGAGUCUACAUACGCAGCUCAUCAUUGACGCCGUACAGGUACCUCAUUGACUCGAUUACUCUCACGGCGACUGAGCCCCGCGGACCUCACAACAUCAACACUGCUCUUGUCAACUCGAAUGCCAACGCUGACGCAAAUGCCCUCUACACAUACCUCCGCUCCAUCUAUGGCAAGAACAUCUUGUCCGGCCAGCAGGAGCUUUCCUACUCCAACUGGAUCAACGACCUGAUCGGUAAGCUGCCCGCACUCGUCAGUGUCGACCUGAUGGACUACUCCCCUAGCCGUGUUGAGCGCGGUACCGUCGGCACUGCCGUCGAAGAGGCCAUCACGCACCACGAGCGCGGCGGUAUCGUCUCGGUUCUCUGGCACUGGAACGCGCCCACUGGCCUCUAUGAUACCGAGGAGAACAAGUGGUGGAGCGGCUUCUACACCCGCGCCACAGACUUUGACGUCUCGACCGCUCUUGCCGACACCACCAACGCCAACUACACCCUCAUCAUCCGCGAUAUCGACGCCAUCGCUGUCCAGCUGAAGAGGCUACAGGACGCCGGUGUACCCGUUCUCUGGCGUCCUCUGCAUGAAGCUGAAGGACAAUGGUUCUGGUGGGGAGCUAAAUCGCCUGAGGCGUGCAAGAAGCUCUGGGCUCUGCUGUACGACCGUCUUACCAACCAUCACGAACUUAACAAUCUCAUUUGGAUAUGGAACUCGAUUGCUGCGGACUGGUACCCGGGCGAUGACACUGUUGACAUUCUCAGCGCCGAUGUGUAUGCGCAGGGCCACGGACCCAUGACGACUCAGUACAACGACCUCAUUACCCUCGGCCAGGACAAGAAGCUUAUUGCCGCGACCGAAGUCGGCAGCGCCCCCUUCCCUGAUCUCCUGCAGGCGUACGAGGCCCACUGGCUGUACUUCUGUGUCUGGGGCGACACUUUCAUCAACAACGCUGAGUGGAACAGCAUCGACGAUCUGAAGAAGAUAUAUGAGAGCGAGUACGUCCUCACUCUUGACGAAAUCCAGGAGUGGAGAGGCUGA